CUGACUCCAUGUGCUCGUAGGCUCUGGUUGUGAGAUUCAUUUUGAGAGAAGGGAAAUACCGGGGCAGAAGUUCAACAAAAUUGGAUUUAAAAAAAUAUAUACAUUUGUCAAAAUGAAGAUGCCAGCAUAUAUGGAAACGGAUAAAGACCAGGAUUACGUCGACGAGUUACUUGCGACAGACCCAAACACGAGACUAUGCGCCGUAACAAAUAUCAAGAAUAUGGCCAUUGGCAAUAAAUCCAAAAAGAGCCUGCUUAUUACCCUUGGUGCCAUACCCAAACUUGUAGCUGUGUUAUCCAAAGAAGAUGCAGGCUUGGAAUUUGUUGUAGAAGCUAUUGUCGUCUUGGGAAGUUUUGCUCGAGCUGCUUCUAAAGAAAACAUUACAGCACUAUUACAGAACCAUGUACUAGAAGUUCUACUCAAAGGUAUUUGUCAUAGUGACAGAAGAGUUGUGGAAGCAUCAGUGCGGUCAUUACGCACCCUGUACUUGUCAAAUCUCACCCCCAGUGACCCCCUUUAUGAGAAUCCCAGUGUGAUUCCAAGGCUGGUGGACCUACUCUCGGGGUCAUACACUGAAGCCGAGUGUGCAGCAUCUGUCAUUGCCAAGUGCUGUCAGAAUCCAGGCCACCAAGCAUUACUGUGUAAUAGUGGAGCCGUUGAUGCCCUUCUUCCAUUAUUGACUUGUAAUAUCCCCAAGAUUCUGCUCCCAACUCUUCAGUGUUACACUGCGUUGUCAUAUCAGAAUGAACCCGUCUCUCUUUCAAUGAAAGCAGCCUCAUACAAUGGGGAAUGCAUGGAGUCCCUGCUGACACAUCUGCUCUCCAGGGACAAGCCAGAUGACGUUCAGCUUGCUGCUGCUAAAUGCUUGACAAAUAUGUUUAGAGUGGGGCUUUUUGAUUCAACAACAAGCCAAAGUCUACUGCUCAAGAUCUUGGGCACCUGUGUACGAAUGUGUCGUAAGGACAAACCAUUGGCAGUACGUGCUGAGGGCGGAGAAACAUUAGCAUACUUGAUUGAGGAAGAUACCGAACUUCAACAACUAGCUGCCAUUUCUGAUCACCUGGUUAAGACGUUAAUUGGCUUUCUUCAUCGAGAAGAUCUAGAUGAUGACUCGUAUGCAGCCAUGAGAGAGAGCUCUUUCAAGGCGUUAGCAUCCCUUGGGGCUAAUGACGAAGAUAUACGAAAGAAGAUUAUUGAGUUGGAGAGUACCAUGGACCAUGUAGUGACGGGACUAGAAGACACGAACCCGGACGUUCAGCUUGCUGCUGUCAAAUGCCUGCAUAGCUUGUCACGGUCCGUACAGCAGCUACGGACCAGCCUUCAAGACACCAUGGUGUGGAAACCCAUCAUGAAACUGAUGCAUAACGCCUCCGAGGGGAUGCUCACCGUUGCAUCUUCUGCACUCUGCAACUUGCUCCUCGAGUUCUCACCCAGUAAAGAGCCUAUUUUAGAAGCUGGUGCAGUGAGUCUGCUGGCUGGCUUGACUAAAAGACCUGAAAGCGCACUGAGACUUAACGGGAUCUGGGCUCUAAUGAAUAUGGCUUACCAAGCGGACGAGAUGACAAAGAGCAAGAUAUUGGAAGUACUUGGGCCGACUCAACUCUUCAACUUGCUAGAAGAUCCAGACACAAACGUGGUAAUGAAGACUUUGGGACUGAUGCGAAACUUGCUGUCUGGUCGAGAGGAUAUUGACAAUAUCAUGACUCUGCAUGGCUCCAAAGUGAUGGAUAGUGUCAAGCCCAUUCUGGACAGCGAAGGGCAGUCUGUUGAUGUCAAGGAGCAGGCCCUGUGUGUCCUUGCCAACAUCGCAAACGGUGCUUCCGCCAAGGAGUUCCUGACCCGUGACGAAGCGCUCCUCAAACGACUCAUGCACUACAUGAUGCACGAUAGCGUCAAGCUGCAGAUGGCCUCCACCUACUGCAUAUCUAACCUCGUGUGGAACACGGAAGACGGCGCUAUCGACCGCCAGACCAAGCUACGCGACAUGGGCGUGCAGAAGCUUCUACAAUCUCUACUUACUACAACCGACGCGCACUUAUUCGAGAGAGUGAAGACAGCGCUCCAACAGUUUACGUAAACACAGCAACAGAAAAAAGGGAAAUUUUGUAAAUAAAGAUAAAGCAACCUACAGCUGCAGUAACUGUAGAUUACUCUUUGGACGCGUGUUGUUUGCGAAAGGAAUGUCUUUUUAAAAAGUAGAAGACGAUGAAAGCUUUUGCACUAUUAUCAAUCCCUCAGAAUACUGAUAAAUCAGGAUAAGGAGGAAUAUUAAAAUUGAAUAUUGGCAUUUGAAA